GACCUUGAAAAAUAUGAGAAAUUAAAAUACCGGAUUCGUAUGUACUUAUGUAUUAUUCCUUGCCGCUACUCAACAGCAAACAAAACACCGCUCUCCCUCAGAUCUACUUUUUCCCUCUCCGCUAGUAACCGCCACCAUCCACGACCACUCACCGUCCUUUUCCUCUCUUUCUCUUCAAUUUCAUUUCAACACUUCUUCCCCAUUUCCAAAUUUCCAUACCCUAGACCUUAAAAUUCUCCCUCACCGUUCGAUCACUUUACCUCAAAAUCAAAACUGCUACUGAAUACAGUCCCUCUCUCAAUUAGGGUUUUGUUAUGGGAACUCGACCGCAGCAAUCGUGUGUAGAUGAAGAGGAUGAGGAAUUGCUAGGUUGUGGAACUACGAUUUCUGGACAAUCUGGCUCAACAAGCAGGAGUGCUGGGUUGCCGUCUAGCCGGAGUGAGCAGACGAUUGGUACAUCCGCUGGUGAUACUGCUGCUCUCAAAAUGAACCAUCUUGGUAUACAGGAUGAUGAAGCUGGAUCACAGGGUGUAGUUGCGAGCAAGAAGAAAAAGAGAGGCCAACAAAGGGCUGUGGGAGGUGAUAAAAAUGGAAGAGGUCUUCGUCAAUUUAGUAUGAAAGUUUGUGAGAAGGUAGAAAGUAAGGGAAGAACAACUUACAAUGAGGUGGCAGAUGAACUUGUGGCUGAAUUUGCUGAUCCAAUCAAUAGUGUUUUGUCCCCUGAUAAGCAACAAUAUGACGAAAAAAACAUUCGACGAAGGGUCUAUGAUGCUCUGAAUGUUCUCAUGGCAAUGGAUAUUAUUUCUAAGGAUAAAAAGGAAAUACAAUGGAGGGGUCUUCCUCGUACUAGUCUGAAUGAUAUUGAAGAGCUAAAGACAGAGCGUCUUGGGCUCAGGAAUAGAAUUGAAAGGAAAUCAUCCUAUCUGCAGGAGCUUGAGGAACAAUUUGUAGGUCUUCAGAACCUUAUUCAAAGAAAUGAACAGUUAUUUAGCUCUGGAAAUGCUCCCAGCGGAGGUGUAUCCUUACCUUUUAUUUUGGUACAGACACGUCCUCAUGCAACUGUUGAAGUGGAAAUAUCAGAAGACAUGCAGCUUGUUCAUUUUGAUUUUAAUAGUACUCCGUUUGAGUUGCAUGACGACAAUUAUGUGCUCAAGGCAAUGGAACUUGGUGAUAGACCACAGAGUGAUACUGUUACACCCAAUGUUACAAAUGGAGGGGAAGGUUCUAGCAUGUCAGGCAUGCAUCAGUCACAGGUUCCUCCUUCCGCUUCAAGCGUGUCAAUUAGGCCUCCAACAUCACCCCCACUCCCUGGAAUAUUAAAGGCAAGAGUCAAGCAGGAGCAUUGAUCGGCAAGAUUUUGAUAUCGUCUUACCCUAUUUAAGUGUGUUUGUAUAUUUUGUAAAGAAAUUUUCCAACUUAAUAUACCUUUGUAAUUGUUAGUCAUCAAUACAGACAAAUCAUUUGGUUGGUCAGAAGCAGAUUGGUCUGUUUGCUUAUUUAUUGUUUAGGUUUGACUGGCAAAUUCUUUUACUAGCACCCAUUAAUUACUUUACUACUACCUUAGCUAAUUUUUUUCUCCACAUUUUGUGGUAAUUUUCCCGUUUUGUAGUUAGAGAUAUUAUGAAAUGGUGUCCAACAACAUAGGAUUUAUUUCAGAA